UCAAAUAAGAAUACCAUAUGGACCACACAGCGUCUCGAUGCUUCGAAUGCAACGUUAUCAGCCCAUUAAAAAGGUAAAGAUAAGAAUGGUACUGCACUUAAUUCCUAACUUCUUCGCCGGGACUUGUUGCACAAAAUGUCUGAUGCAGCCCAAGUGUUGCCGCAAGGAGCUGGUUAUGGAGUUGUUGUCGGCAUAGGCCUAUUUUUCAGCGCAUUCAUGGUCGGGUUGACUGCAAUUCAAGCCCGAUACACCGCUUUUUCUCCGAAGAAUUCGGAAGAGUUCAGUAGUGCUUCACGAAGCGUAAAGCCAGGGUUGAUAGCGUCGGGAAUAGUUUCUGCUUGGACGUGGGCGGCCACCUUGCUUCAAAGUUCGGCGGUGGCGUAUAAAUACGGUAUCAGUGGUCCGUAUUGGUAUGCCUCCGGUGCCACCAUUCAAGUUCUUCUCUUUGCAAUGUUGGCUGCCAAACUGAAGCUCAACGCGCCGUACGCCCACACAUGGCUCGAAAUUGUGGGUGCUCGAUGGGGAAAGACGGCUCAUCUUGUCUUUAUGUUCUUCGGGUUAGCUACGAAUGUCAUCGUGAGCUCCAUGCUCAUUCUCGGCGGAAGCGCUACGGUCACUGACUUGACUGGCAUGAGCACACUCGCUGCUUGCUUCUUGAUACCCCUUGGUGUGGCAAUCUAUGUCGUUGUCGGAGGAAUGCGAUCAACGCUUUUAUGUGAUUAUACGCAUACCACCGUGCUUUUUGCCAUAAUCCUGACAUUCGUCUUCACGGUCUACGCAACAAGUGACAAAAUCGGAAGCCCGGCGAAGAUGCACGAGCUUCUCACCUCAGCAGCCGCGUCUAAUCCGGUCUCAGGGAACGCUCAUGGAUCCUACGUGACUUUGAGGUCCAAGAACGGGCUCAUUUUUGGUGUGAUCAACAUUAUAGGUAAUUUUGCGACGGUGUUUCAAGAUCAGGCGUAUUGGCAACGCGCCAUUGCCAGCAGACCUGCAAGUACUGUGAAAGCUUACUUAUUAGGAGGACUGGCUUGGUUUGCGAUUCCUUUCACAUUGGCUACCACCCUAGGUCUCUCAGCGGUCGCUUUGACUGGCGACCCAGAUAUGACAGUCCUAACAGCGGCAGACGUUUCCGCCGGUUUACCCGCUGCAGCUGCAGCUUCAGCUUUACUUGGAAAGUCAGGCGCUGCGGCUCUACUGAUCCUUCUUUUCCUUGCUGUUACGUCGGCAACGUCAGCCGAACUUAUAGCGGUUUCGUCUCUCUUAACGUAUGAUGUGUACAAGAGAUAUAUCGACCCCAAAGCGACGGAGCCGCAGAUUCUAAGGAUGGGUCAUUUAAUGGUAGCUGCAUAUGCAGUCACCAUGGGAUUGGCCGGGCUCAUCUUCUAUUACAUCGGUGUCUCUAUGGGAUGGCUUUAUACAUUCAUGGGGGUCAUCCUUGGUUCGGGUGUAGUGCCUAUCGCUCUUUGCAUCACAUGGAAGAAGGCCAAUAAGUGGGGCUGCAUAGGUGGUGCGAUCGCUGGAUUUGCCGCUGGUAUUAUUGCAUGGCUUGUAACGACUACAUGUCUCAACGAUGGUGUUAUAAAUGUCACAACCAGUGGAGGCGAUUAUGAGAUGCUUGCCGGAAAUUUGGCAUCUAUUGGGGUCGGAGGAAUUAUAGCGACUGUAUCGUCUCUGAUUUGGCCUGAAAACUUUGACUUCGAUAUCACGCGUUCGCUUAAUCUGCCUGAAAGCAUCUCAGGUACAAAAGACAAAGUGACUUGCGAUGAUCUGGAUCGCAAGGAGAAGUCCCCAGAUGUAUCCUCCUCAACGCAUGAAGCCUGUGUCGAAGACGAAGACCUUGACCCGGUUGCACUGAAGAAGGCAUUUAAUUUCGCAACCUGGUCAUCAGUGGCGUUGCUUUUGAUAUUGAUCAUAAUAGUACCGCUACCGCUUUUCUUCGCUUCGACGAUUUAUGGAACUGGGGGGUUGACAGCGUGGAUUGUUAUCGGGAUCAUUUGGACUUUUCUCUCUGCCUUUGCUGUGGUUCUUUAUCCGUUGUGGGAGAGCCGGGAGGCUUUGGGAAUGAUUUUUAGAGGCGUUAUCAAGGAUAUCUUCUCGAGAGGCGGUGGAAAAUACGUCCCUCCGACUUCUGUCCCUGCUUAAUUUUUAGUUCAUGAAGACGAGUAGGAUUCUACUAUUUCAAGGAUAUACUGCAGAUGAUAGAUUUAAUAUCUAGCUGCUUUACUAUUUACCGAGUACCUGAAAAUAAAGAAGGAGACAGUGAAGCAGGUCCCAUUUUAGUCAAGACACC